AGGUGUGAGCCACCGCACCCGGCCUCAUUGGACAUUUUGAACAAUAAGCCUGGAAUCAUACAACCUUACUUAGGACUUUAAAGCAUUAGGGACUUUAGGGAUUAUAUAGCAAAUUCUUCAUUUUACAGAUGAGAAAACUGUGAUUUACAUGGGGACAGUAUGCACUGGCCAUUCUUAACAGCCUUUUUCUCAGUGUCUUUGAUAGCAUUUCUCAUUCUAUUUCCUCAAAUUUAAAAAAUGAAAUAUAGAGGUGUGAUUUUUCCUGUCUGUUAAAAGGUUUUAAAAGGCACUGUUUCAUACUUAGUUUGGUCAGAAAAGCAGAAAACACUUUAGGAGUUUGAAGUAGGAGGGAUUUAAUUUCAGGAAUAAAAUGCUCACAAAACUAAUGGAAGUUCUGGGGAAACAGAAUUCAGAAAAGACCGUUGUUAACUUACAGGCUCCCCACUCUCUUUGACGAGUCAAGGAGCUCCAAAGCACUGAUUAAAGAAAUGAGCUCCAAUAAGGAGGUGGCUGAAUUCCAGAAAAAUAACUCAGAAGCCACAAUAGAAUCUCACAUUUGGUGGAGCCUACGUAUUUAUUUACCUGCAGUUACUGGAGGAAUGGUAAAGCUCCUGCCUUUCUUCCACCUUCCAAAUUUUACGUGAGUGCUUCUAAAUGGCAGAUUCUGUGCUGGAAAGGAAACUUACUUUUAAAUGUAUUAGCAUCUUGUUUAUUUAUCUCAAUGAUUUAGUGCCUUUCAAUUUAAGGGCAAAUAUUCCUACACAUGUCAAUAGCUCACAAAUUAUCUAUCUGCUCCAACACUAAACAGUAACUGAUGUUUAUAAUAAUAGAAUUGUUAGUGCUGGAAGAGACUAGCGAUAAACUGGACUUCAUCUUCUCAUUUAAAAGACUAAAGUCACACAGCAAUGGUGUUGAAGAGCCAACCGUUUUGACCUACCUCCAUGGCUCAGAUGGAGUGUUUUCAUGUUAUACUUGUCCCUGAAUUUGCCUACUGCUUUAUUCUUACAUUCAAGUGAAUUUUAUAACUUUCUGAUUUAAUAUGGAUUUAAAUGAUCAAAUUAUUUAGCGCUAAGACCAUGGUUGAGCUUUAUAAGACACUUCAAAAAAUGGUACAUGAGACAUACACACAGAUACAAACUAAAAGGGAGUUUAGGUUGCUCAUUGCUCUUCCAAGGUGAAAUCACCAUUUUAUCUGGUGACUUACAAAUGAAAACUUUGACCAAUAAAUCUAUUUACUCAGAUCUCUCAAUGUUGUGAAUGAUUCUCCUGGUAGCCAGAUAUUGUAAGUCUAUCAUGACAUGAUUUUUUACUUCAUGUUGACCUGUUGUUUUAUAUGGAAGUUCCUGUGGCAUUAGAGUUUUCUUAAGUAUAAACCAUUCCAAAAUCAGAUGGUUAAUACACGUUGCUUUGUCCUCAGGCUCUCUAGUAUUCCUUUUGGGCUAUUGGUCUUUCAACAUUCAGUUAGGGGAUUAAAGUAAAUCAUUUAAUCCAUGCAGCAUGUCACUCAAUAGUAUACUUUUGGAAAUUGUUUCCACAGGAACACCAGCGAAAGCAGCCAGUCUGAGAUAUUGACACUAUAGAAAAAACUGACAGCUUACUCCUUGUAUUGAUUCUACUCUUCUCUACAAAUAUAGACUCCGUUCCCUACCACAGCCUUAUAGUUCUGCCCCAGAGACAAGUAUGAAUACCACAGACAAUGGUGUCAACUGCCUGUGUGCCAUCUGUGGGGACAGAGCAACAGGAAAACACUAUGGGGCAUCGAGCUGUGACGGGUGCAAGGGUUUCUUCAGACGCAGCAUUCGCAAGAGUCACAUUUAUUCUUGCAGGUUCAGUCGACAAUGUGUUGUUGACAAGGACAAAAGGAACCAAUGUAGAUAUUGUCGAUUAAGAAAGUGUUUUAGAGCGGGAAUGAAAAAAGAAGCUGUGCAAAAUGAACGUGAUAGAAUAAGCACCAGAAGAAGCACAUUUGACGGCAGCAACAUCCCCUCCAUUAACACACUGGCACAAGCUGAAGUUCGGUCUCGCCAGAUCUCAGUCACAAGCCCUGGGUCAAGCACUGACAUAAAUGUUAAGAAAAUUGCAAGUAUUGGUGAUGUCUGUGAAUCUAUGAAACAGCAGCUCUUAGUCUUGGUGGAAUGGGCUAAAUAUAUUCCUGCCUUCUGUGAAUUACCAUUGGAUGAUCAGGUGGCAUUGUUGAGAGCUCACGCAGGGGAACACUUACUGCUUGGAGCUACAAAGAGAUCCAUGAUGUAUAAAGAUAUUUUGCUUUUGGGAAACAACUACGUUAUUCACCGCAACAGCUGUGAAGUUGAGAUUAGCCGUGUGGCCAAUCGGGUUCUAGAUGAGCUGGUUAGACCAUUUCAAGAAAUCCAGAUUGAUGACAAUGAGUAUGCUUGUUUAAAGGCAAUUGUAUUUUUUGAUCCAGAUGCAAAAGGGCUAAGCGAUCCAAUAAAAAUUAAGAACAUGCGAUUUCAAGUGCAGAUCGGUUUGGAGGACUACAUCAAUGAUCGGCAGUAUGACUCCCGGGGCAGGUUUGGAGAGUUGCUUCUGCUCCUGCCCACACUGCAGAGCAUCACUUGGCAAAUGAUUGAGCAAAUACAGUUCGUUAAACUAUUUGGGAUGGUUAAAAUUGACAACUUACUUCAGGAAAUGUUACUAGGUGGGGCUUCCAAUGAUGGUAGUCAUCUCCAUCAUCCAAUGCAUCCACAUUUGUCUCAAGAUCCAUUAACAGGACAAACUAUACUUUUAGGUCCCAUGUCAACACUGGUUCAUGCAGACCAGAUCUCAACUCCUGAAACCCCACUCCCUUCCCCACCACAAGGCUCUGGGCAAGAACAGUACAAAAUAGCUGCAAACCAAGCAUCAGUCAUUUCACACCAGCAUCUCUCCAAACAAAAGCAAUUGUGAAAAUGUGUUUACUUCAGAACGGCACUACAUAAAUGUGAAAAGUUGUUGGUCUUGAAAUAUCUCAGGAUAGUACUUUUGGCAAACUCUUAGCCAAGCCUUCUCCAUGGUGCUGUUAUAAGAUGGUGUCCUAUUUUCUUGUUUAUAUGUUCAUUCUGUUUGUUGUUGCUACUAUGUAAAACUUUCACCUACAACCAAUGUAUAGCUGAGUUUGAAGAUGUUUAUAUAGGGUAUUUUUUCCAACUGCUCCUACACUGUGCCUGAACCAACUGAAUCUUAUGUAUGACUUUCAUUUGUUUUAUUAAUGUUAAUUUAAAUCUGUAAAUAAUUGCUUCAUUGUGAUGUGAUGCAGAACAAAGUGUUCAUAUUUGACUGAGAAUAGUAGAUCAGAACCAGUUUAAUAUCAAAUGAGCUAAGUUUUUAAAAAUAAAUUAUAAACUUGCAAAUUAGAAAAAUAAAGCAGUUCCUGUAGAAUAGGCUGUAUCUUUUUCAAGAAGGAUUUUUUAGGGACACUCUGUGGCAAAGAAGCAACUUUUUGUUUUACAGUUAAAUAUUCCUAUCUUAAGAUUAGAAAAUUAUAAAAAGCCAUUCCAAGGAUGACUGGAUAUUUUUUGAAAUCUGACUUUAUCUGAAGAUGUGUGUUAAGCUAAAACAUGUUGGGUUUCUCAGUUAGGAUACAGGGUAAAUUGUAGCAAAGAAACCCCUAAAACAGUGACUCAACCAAUAGAGGCACCUAUGUAUUUUUCCUGACUUAGAAAUAGUUAUCCAUUGACUAGAAAUUAGCAUAUGCCCACAGCUGGUCCCCAGAGUGGCCAGGAGAAUUAUCUAUAGGUGCAAAGCCUGUGUCAGCCAAAGCCAUGCCACUCUGAGUUAACAGAUUCUGUGGACAAGCUAGCCAUCUACCACCCAUUUUCCUCAUUUAGUCCUCACAAUAACACUUUAGGGAAGAUAUCAUUAUCUCUCUUUUAUAAAUAAGGGAAACUUUAGCUUGAGGGUUUAAGGAACAUAACCAAAGUUCAUAAACAUAACGAAUAAGAAAACCACAUUCAAGCCCAGGUCUAGUUGCCUUUAAUGAAUCUUUGCUGUGGAAUGAAAAUGUGAACUUCUUUCUCAUAGUGGGCUUUUUAAAUAUACACAGUUGAGUGAUGAUUGGAUACUAUUCAUCAUGUUGCCUAUCAUAUGUAUUUACAGAUAAGCACUGAGUAUAAAAUUGUUGCGGCUUGAAUAAAAAACUACUUUUGUAGUUUUAACAAGUCAUCAGAAACAGUAAAAGAUUCACCAGAUAGAUUUUGAUGAAAACAAAAACAAAGUAAAAUAACUGGCUUAGCAGAUUUUUUAAAAUCCAGCAGCCCAGGGAUGUACCGAAUGUCAAAUUCUAGACUGAGGAGUACAGUUUAUUGGAGGCUUGACCUCUCUGAUAUCACCUAAAGCUGGAAUUUAUUUUAAAACAAAUUAAGCAUGGGCCACCUCAGGAGGCAGUGAUUCCUCUCUGGUUGAGGAGAAGGAAAAUUGGAAAAACUGGUUGAGUAAUUAUCAAUAAUAUAUAUUUUUAAAGAGAAUCCUAAGUUGUAAAAGAUUAAAUUAAAUAAUCUGUCUCAGGACUUUUAAAAAUAGCUAAGAUUAUGAUGUCAUAUCUCCUACUUACCCUAUAAGUAAAAAGGUUAUAGUAAUAUUAAGUAACUUAUUGGCUCGUAAAGUAAAAUUGAACUCUUAAAGUAGAAAAAUGAUUAUUAAAAUGCUAUCAUUGAUUUAAUACGUUUAAUAUAAUUCCUGCAAGACCUAGUACCCUUGUGAAGCUGUAAAAUAUAUCAAGUAGGGGGAGUUUUUUAACUUUUAUUUUUUGAAAAUUUACUGUAGUUUCUAUUUCAUGAAUAAGAAUGUUAUCUUUUAUAGAUUUUCAUUUACUUUUUUGGGGGAUUCCCUUAGAAGAUAUUAAAAAACAUACUGCCUUGGUCUGUGCAAGCUGCUGUAACAAAAUACAAUGAACUGGGUAGCUUCUAAACAACAGAAAUUUAUUUCUCACUGUUAUCAAUGGUGGGAAGUCCAAGAUUAAGGAAUCAGCAAAUUAGGCCUCUGGAUCAUACACAGCAUCUUCUAGCCUGUGUCCUUACACAUGAAAAGAACAAGGUAGUUCUCUCAGGUCUCCUUAAUAAAGGUACUAAUCCUCAUGACUGAAUCAGCCCCCAAAUGCCCCACCUCUUAAUACCAUCACUCUGGGGACUAGGUGUCAGCACGUGAAUUUUGGAAAAAACAAACGUUCAGAAAAUAGCAAAUGCCUUUAAAAUAUAAAAGAUAAAAUCCACUUUUAUUGAACCCUGUAAUUUAUUCAUGUAUAUUUACUAAACAGCUAUGUCUUUGAAAUUAUUAGUGAUGAUUCUGCUUCAAUAACUAUGGUCAGGGAAUUUAUAAUAUUAUAUUUUUAUAUAUUGAACUGCCAAAGAUGCUGGAAAAAAGGAACUGAUGUUUUCAAAAUAUAUUCAAAAUAUUGAUAAGGGAAGUUAUUGCUUUUAUAUAGUACACAACUUUUUUCAGGUAAUAGAAAUGGAUAAUUUAUUGUGAAAUAAAAAUUCAUUUUAUAAAUGUAAAAUUAUUUUUUAUAAAUUUUACUGUUGGAAAUCAAAAAUUAGUAGAUUUUUUACAAUGUUAAAUUAAAGUGAGAUUAAAGUAUUUCUAAACCGUGACACCAUGUUUGUUUCACUAAACUUUCUAAAUAAAAACUGAG